AUGACCUUUAAUGGCCACGCAUGUAUCACCACGCUGACUGAUGAUGUGACGCUCAAGGGGCGCCACGACCAGUCAUACUACGCCGUCUGCAAACUUAUUGAGGAGUAUUGUACAAGGUGCGGUAUUUCCAGAUGCUCAUUUUGCUGUAUUUUUAUUCUGUUAAGUAGGAACGGGCCCAGGAGGAAUGGGCGCGAAGUGAAUGGGCUUAAGAGGAACAGGCCUAAAAAGUUGUUCAAAAAAAUCAAAAGGACCGCACCCCAAAGAAUCGGGCCCGAAAAGAACAAGCCUAAGAAUAUCAUACUCUUUGGGGAGACGGGGGCAGAUAAAAGUUCACUCGUUAACCUUAUGGCGGGAAGGGAGGUGUCAGUCGCAUCUCCUGACCUGCAACGUUGUACGAUGGAUUGGGAAGACUACAUCAUCGACUUCGGAGAUGAGACUUACAAGGUGUUCGAUACUAUUGGAGUCGAGGAGCCGCAGCUGGGGAUCAGAGAGUACCUCGAGUCUGUCGAUAGCGCCUAUAGGCUCAUCAAGGAAUUGGACCGACAAGGCGGAGUUGAUCUGCUUCUGUUCUGCAUUCGCCCCUGCCGAAUAAAUGCUACGCUUUACAGCAAUUAUAAGCUGUUUCACGAUUACCUCUGCGAGGGGAAUGUUCCCAUCGUUCUUGUGAUCACGCACCUAGAAAGAGAGAUGGAGGACUGGUGGGAGAGAGUACAGAGUAAAUUCGACUGUUACGGGAUCCGGGUCGCUGGUCACGCAUGCAUCCUCGCCGCUGAUGGAUUGGAUGGCCCAUACGAAACCCCUGAUGAUGAAGCCAUGAUCCGUAAUCUUGUGGAGAGGUUUACUGCCAACGGGCAGAAGCCAGCAUGGAUAGGAGGGGACAAUCUGUUUGUGUCGUUGAUGCGUAAGCUGAAGGAGCUACCUGCUGGGAAUUUGCGUGUGAAGGGGGUGAGUAUUGUCUCUCGCCUGAUGAAGCGUUGCGAUACAUCUCGACGAGUCGCAAGAAAGGACGGUCCCAAAAAGAUUGUACUCUUUGGGGAGGCAGGGGCAGGCAAAAGUUCGGUCGUCAACCUCAUGGCAGGGAAAGAAGUAGCAGCCGCAUCUAAUGACAUGCAGCGCUGUACGCUGCAUUGGCAAGACUAUACCAUCGAUUUUGGUGGCGAGUCUUAUACAGUGUUCGAUACCGUUGGACUCGAGAAGCCACAACUGGGAAUCAAUGGGUACCUCGACUCUGUCGAGAACGUAUAUAGGCUCAUCAAGAAAUUGGACCAACAAGGCGGUAUUGAUCUACUUCUGUUCUGCAUUCGUGCUGGCAGACUCAGUCCUGCAAUCCAGAGCAAUUACCGGCUCUUUCACGAAUUCCUCUGCGAGAAGAAGGUUCCUAUUGUCCUUGUAUUCACGCACCUUGAAAGAGAGGUGAGGAUGGAGGAUUGGUGGGAGAGACAACAAAGUACCUUCGAAAAAAAAUAUGGGUUCCAGGUCACUGAUCACGCGUGCAUCACUGCCGCUAACAGAUUGGAGGGUCGACACAAAAUCCUUUAUGAAGAAUCACGCGCCACGGUCCGCACCCUUGUGGAGAAGUUUACUGCUGACGAACAGAAGUCAUCAUGGAUAGGAGGGAACGGCCGGUUCGUGUCGUUAAUGCGUAAGCUGAAGGAGCUACUUCCAGAGCCUUUGGAUCUGAAGAAGAAAGAUAUUGUCUCUCGCCUCAUGCAGCGAUGCAGUUUGUCUCCAGACGUUGCAAGACAGCUGGCUGAGAUGAUUAAGCAAGGCUAG